AUGGGCUCCCUGCACCUCCUGGGAGUAACACCUGUAGAACCACCUGCAGUCCCCCAGGACGUGAACGUCUAGCAACCCAAAAGGUUGCGAGUUCGAAUCGUAUCACGGACAACUUUAGCAUUUUAGCUAAUUAGCAACUUUUCAAGUACUUACAAAUUUUUUUGCUACUUUGCAACUACUUAGCAUGUUAGCUAAGCCUUCCCCUAAACCUAACCUUAACCUUAACCCUUUUAGCUAACCCUUCCUCUAACCCUAACCCUUUUAGCUAACCCUUCCUCUAACCCUAACCCUUUUAGCUAACCCUUCCUCUAACCCUAACCCUUUUCGCUAACCCUUCCUCUAACCCUAACCCUUUUAGCUAACCCUUCCUCUAACCCUAACCCUUUUCGCUAACCCUUCCUCUAACCCUAACCCUUUUCGCGAACCCUUCCUCUAACCCUAACCCUUUUCACUAACCCUUCCUCUAACCCUAACCCUUUUAGCUAACCCUUCCUCUAACCCUAACACUUUUAGCUAACCCUUCCUCUAACCCUAAUCCUUUUAGCUAACCCUUCCCCUAAACCUAACCCUUUUAGCUAACCCUUCCCCUAACCCUAACCCUUUUAGCUAACCCUUCCGCUAACCCUAACCCUUUUAGCUAACCUUUCCUCUAACCCUAACCCUUUUAGCUAACCCUUCCUCUAACCCUAACCCUUUUAGCUAACCUUUCCUCUAACCCUAACCCUUUUAGCUAACCCUUCCUCUAACCCUAACCCUUUUAGCUAACCCUUCCUCUAACCCUAACCCUUUUAGCUAACCCUUCCUCUAACCCUAACCCUUUUAGCUAACCCUUCCUCUAAUCCUAACCCUUUUAUCUAACCCUUCCCCUAACCCUAACCCUUUUAGCUAACCCUUCCCCUAACCCUAACCUUAACCCUUUAACCUAAGUCCCAAAGGUUGCGAGUUCGAAUCUCAUCACGGACAACUGCAGCAUUUUAGCAACUCUUCAACUACUGUUAUGAUGAGUUUCUCGGCUAUCAAGUAAUUAAGGAUAUAAGGAUUUACUUAGACACUUUUGAUGGGGAGUUCAUUCAUAUUUAAUAGGUACCAUGGUUCAUUAUAACAAAAGACAUGGCUCUGCCUCUUGCCAUUUCCAACUCCAGAACAAAGACAUUCUCUCAGCUUAUAUGCACUCUGUCACACGUUUCAUCACGAACAUCUGUUAACCCUCAGUGGGCACUCCCUUCUCUGAUGUCAUUACUCUUAACCCCAAGUCAGUAUAUCCUGUCCAUCAAUCAUUCUAAGAUCAACAUCAGUAAUCUCCUUUGACAUAACGGAAUGCAGACACUGUGGCACCAAGCCACUUACCUACUAACGCUAACCUGGUUUCCCACAACACUAUAAAAACCUCACAUCAACUACUUACUAGCUACUUUGCAACUACUUAGCAUUCCCCUAACCCCUUUAGCUAACCCUUCCCCUAAUAUAACCUGCCUGCCUGUCAUGUCAACAACAAGCUGAGUCUGGGGAGGGAGAGCUCACCUGAGGACCUGUUAGUCUACACUCUGCUCAUCAUAACACCCCCCUCCCGCUCUCCUCACGUGUUUCUCUGCUCUCUACCUGUCCUGCAGGACACCUGUCUUUCCACCUGUACUGUGUUAUUCUUACCUACAAACACACACACACACACACACACACACACACACACACACACACUCGUCACACACACACACACACACACACACACACUCGUCACACACACACACACACACAACACACUCGUCACACACACACACACACACACACACAUUUACACUUAAUUCUUCCCCUCCCUGUGCUCCUCUGAUGCUUUGGGAAUCACAGGUGCUAAUCACACAACAGGGUCUCCUUAUUUUGAUUUGAUUUGAUUUGAUUUACUGACUCUAGGAGCCAAUCACAUCUCAGCCAAUGGAAUAACUCUCUCUCCUUCCUAUGGUGAGGCUUCUGGCAGGGCUCCUUCAAUUGGACAUCGUUUGAUUGACAGGGGAUGAAAGUUGUCCUGCAAACAGUAGAAAGAUAGGACAAUUUGGAGAAAGGGCCAAUGGGGAACAGAUAUUUUCAAAAAAAUGUGUCAAAUAUAGGUAAGCUACUCAGCCUGGCUAUGUCAGAUAUAGGUAAGAUACUCAGCCUGGAUCUGUCAGAUAUAGGUAAGAUAUUCAGCCUGGUUCUGUCAGAUAUAGGUAAGAUACUCAGCCUGGCUCUGUCAGAUAUAGGUAAGAUAUUCAGCCUGGUUCUGUCAGAUAUAGGUAAGAUACUCAGCCUGGCUCUGUCAGAUAUAGGUAAGAUAUUCAGCCUGGUUCUGUCAGAUAUAGGUAAGAUACUCAGCCUGGCUCUGUCAGAUAUAGGUAAGAUACUCAGCCUGGUUCUGUCAGAUAUAGGUAAGAUACUCAGCCUGGCUCUGUCAGAUAUAGGUAAGAUACUCAGCCUGGUUCUGUCAGAUAUAGGUAAGAUACUCAGCCUGGUUCUGUCAGAUAUAGGUAAGAUGCUCAGCCUGGUUCUGUCAGAUAUAGGUAAGAUACUCAGCCUGGCUCUGUCAGAUAUAGGUAAGAUGCUCAGCCUGGCUCUGUCAGAUAUAGGUAAGAUACUCAGCCUGGUUCUGUCAGAUAUAGGUAAGAUACUCAGCCUGGUUCUGUCAGAUAUAGGUAAGAUACUCAGCCUGGUUCUGUCAGAUAUAGGUAAGAUACUCAGCCUGGUUCUGUCAGAUAUAGGUAAGAUACUCAGCCUGGUUCUGUCAGAUAUAGGUAAGAUACUCAGCCUGGCUCUGUCAGAUAUAGGUAAGAUACUCAGCCUGGUUCUGUCAGAUAUAGGUAAGAUACUCAGCCUGGCUCUGUCAGAUAUAGGUAAGAUGCUCAGCCUGGCUCUGUCAGAUAUAGGUAAGAUGCUCAGCCUGGCUCUGUCAGAUAUAGGUAAGAUACUCAGCCUGGCUUGUCAAUAAAUAUAGGUAAGAUACUCAGCCUGGCUCUGUCAGAUAUAGGUAAGAUACUCAGCCUAGCUCUGUCAGAUAUAGGUAAGAUACUCAGCCUGGCUCUGUCCGAUAUAUGUAAGAUACUCAGCCUGGCUCUGUCAGAUAUAGGUAAGAUACUCAGCCUGGUUCUGUCAGAUAUAGGUAAGAUAUUCAGCCUGGUUCUGUCAGAUAUAGGUAAGAUACUCAGCCUGGCUCUGUCAGAUAUAGGUAAGAUACUCAGCCUGGUUCUGUCAGAUAUAGGUAAGAUACUCAGCCUGGCUCUGUCAGAUAUAUGUAAGAUACUCAGCCUGGCUCUGUCAGAUAUAGGUAAGAUACUCAGCCUGGUUAUGUCAGAUAUAGGUAAGAUACUCAGCCUGGCUCUGUCAGGUAUAAGUAAGAUGCUCAGCCUGGUUCUGUCAGAUAUAGGUAAGAUACUCAGCCUGGCUCUGUCAGAUAUAGGUAAGAUGCUCAGCCUGGCUCUGUCAGAUAUAGGUAAGAUACUCAGCCUGGCUCUGUCAGAUAUAGGUAAGAUACUCAGCCUGGUUCUGUCAGAUAUAGGUAAGAUACUCAGCCUGGCUCUGUCCGAUAUAUGUAAGAUACUCAGCCUGGCUCUGUCAGAUAUAGGUAAGAUACUCAGCCUGGUUCUGUCAGAUAUAGGUAAGAUACUCAGCCUGGCUCUGUCAGAUAUAGGUAAGAUACUCAGCCUGGCUCUGUCAGAUGUAGGUAAGAUACUCAGCCUGGUUCUGUCAGAUAUAGGUAAGAUACUCAGCCUGGCUCUGUCAGAUAUAGGUAAGAUACUCAGCCUGAUUCUGUCAGAUAUAGGUAAGAUACUCAGCCUGGCUCUGUCAGAUAUAGGUAAGAUACUCAGCCUGGCUCUGUCAGAUAUAGGUAAGAUACUCAGCCUGGCUCUGUCAGAUAUAGGUAAGAUACUCAGCCUGGUUCUGUCAGAUAUAGGUAAGAUACUCAGCCUGGUUCUGUCAGAUAUAGGUAAGAUACUCAGCCUGGUUCUGUCAGAUAUACAGACUUGACUUUUUCCACAUUUUGUUACGUUACAGCCUUAUUCUAAAAUGGAUUAAAUUGUUUGUUUUCCUCAUCAAUAUAUGCACAAUACCCCAUAAGCAAAAACAGUUUUUUUUUUUUUUUUUUGCAAAUGCAUAAAAAAAAUUACAACGGAAAUAUGACAUUUACAUAAGUAUUCAAACCUUUUACUCAGUACUUUGUUGAAGCACCUUUGGCAGCGAUUACAGCCUUGAGUCUUCCUGGGUAUGACGUUACAAGCUUGGCAUACCUGUAUUUGGGGAGUGUCUCCCAUUCUUCUCUGCAUAUCUUCUCAAGCUCUGUCAGGUUGGAUGGGGAGUCAGGCUGCACAGCUGUUCAAUCGGGUUCAAGUCCGGGCUCUGGCUGGGCCACUCAAGGACAUUCACAGACUUGUCCCGAAGCCACUCCUGAUUUGUCUUGGCUGUGUGCUUAGGGUUGUUGUCCUGUUGGAAGGUGAACCUUCGCCCCAGUAUGAGGUCCUGAGCGCUCUGGAGCAGGUUUUCAUCAAGGAUCUCGCUGUACUUUGCUCCAUUCAUCUUUCCCUCGAUCCUGACUAGUCUCCCAGUCCCUGCCGCUGAAACACAUCCCCACAGCAUGAUGCUGCCGCCACCAUGUUUCAUCGGAGGGAUGGUGCCAGGUUUCCUCCAGUUGUGACACUUGGUAUUCAAGCCAAAGAGUUCAAUAUUGGUUUCAUCAGACCAGAGAAUCUUGUUUCUCAUGCUCUGAGAGUCCUUUAGGUGUCUUUUGGCAAACUGUCAUGUGCCUUUUACUGAGGAGUGGCGUCCGUCUGGCCACUCUACCAUAAAGGCCUGAUUGGUGGAGUGCUGCAGAGAUGGUUGUCCUUCUGGAAGGUUCUCCCAUCUCCACAGAGGAACUCUGGAGCUCUGUCAGAGUGACCAUCGGGUUCUUGGUCACCUCCCUAAACAAGGCCCUUCUCCCCUGAUUGCACAGUUUGGCCGGGUGGCCAGCUCUAGGAAGAGUCUUGGUGGUUCCAAACUUCUUCCAUUUAAGAAUGAUGGAGGCCACCGUGUUCUUGGGGACCUUCAAUGCUGCAGACAUUUUUUGGUACCCUUCCCCAUAUCUGUGCCUCGACACAAUCCUGCCUCGGAGCUCUACGGACAAUUCCUUCGACCUCAUGGCUUGGUUUUUGCGCUGACAUGCACUGUGCACUGUGGGACAUUGUAUAGACAGGUGUGUGCCUUUCCAAAUCAAUGUCCAAUCAAUUGAAUUUACCACAGGUGGACUCCAAUCAAGUUGUAGAAACAUCUCAAGGAUGAUCAAUGGAAACAUGAUGCACCUGAGCUCAAUUUUCGAGUCUCGUAGCAAAGGGACUGAAUACUUCUGUAAAUAAGGUAUGUUUUUUUAUUGUUAUGAAUUUGCUAAAACAUCCUUAUUUGUUUGAAAGCUGAAUGCUUUCUUUCAUAUUAUGAGCUUGCUUCAAAGUAGCCUAUAAGCAAAAUCUGACCAUGGAAAGGUGGAGGCAAUUCUUUCUAAUUACAGUGGGGAAAAAAGGUAUUUAGUCAGCCAACAAUUGUGCAAGUUCUCCCACUUAAAAAGAUGAGAGAGGCCUGUAAUUUUCAUCAUAGCUACACGUCAACUAUGACAGACAAAUUGAGAAGAAAAAAUCCAGAAAAUCACAUUGUAGGAUUUUUAAUGAAUUUAUUUGCAAAUUAUGGUGGAAAAUAAGUAUUUGGUCACCUACAAACAAGCAAGAUUUCUGGCUCUCACAGACCUGUGACUUCUUUAAGAGGCUCCUCUGUCCUCCACUCGUUACCUGUAUUAAUGGCACCUGUUUGAACUUGUUAUCAGUAUAAAAGACACCUGUCCACAACCUCAAACAGUCACACUCCAAACUCCACUAUGGCCAAGACCAAAGAGCUGUCAAAGGACACCAGAAACAAAAUUGUAGACAUGCACCAGGCUGGGAAGACUGAAUCUGCAAUAGGUAAGCAGCUUGGUUUGAAGAAAUCAACUGUGGGAGCAAUUAUUAGGAAAUGGAAGACAUACAAGACCACUGAUAAUCUCCCUCGAUCUGGGGCUCCACGCAAGAUCUCACCCCGUGGGGUCAAAAUGAUUCCAAGAACGGUGAGCAAAAAUCCCAGAACCACACGGGGGGACCUAGUGAAUGACCUGCAGAGAGCUGGGACCAAAGUAACAAAGCCUACCAUCAGUACGCUGCCAGGGACUCAAAUCCUGCAGUGCAAGACGUGUCCCCCUGCUUAAGCCAGUACAUGUCCAGGCCCGUCUGAAGUUUGCUAGAGUGCAUUUGGAUGAUCCAGAAGAGGAUUGGGAGAAUGUCAUAUGGUCAGAUAAAACCAAAAUAGAACUUUUUGGUAAAAACUCAACUCGUCGUGUUUGGAGGACAAAGAAUGCUGAGUUGCAUCCAAAGAACACCAUACCUACUGUGAAGCAUGGGGGUGGAAACAUCAUGCUUUGGGGCUGUUUUUCUGCAAAGGGACCAGGACGACUGAUCCGUCUAAAGGAAAGAAUGAAUGGGGCCAUGUAUCGUGAGAUUUUGAGUGAAAACCUCCUUCCAUCAGCAAGGGCAUUGAAGAUGAAACGUGGCUGGGUCUUUCAGCAUGACAAUGAUCCCAAACACACCGCCCGGGCAACGAAUGAGUGGCUUCGUAAGAAGCAUUUCAAGGUCCUGGAGUGGCCUAGCCAGUCUCCAGAUCUCAACCCCAUAGAAAAUCUUUGGAGGGAGUUGAAAGUCCGUGUUGCCCAGCGACAGCCCCAAAACAUCACUGCUCUAGAGGAGAUCUGCAUGGAGGAAUGUGCCAAAAUACCAGCAACAGUGUGUGAAAACCUUGUGAAGACUUACAUAAAACGUUUGACCUGUGUCAUUGCCAACAAAGGGUAUAUAACAAAGUAUUGAGAAACUUUUGUUAUUGACCAAAUACUUAUUUUCCACCAUAAUUUGCAAAUAAAUUCAUUAAAAAUUCUAUAAUGUGAUUUUCUGGAAAAAAAAUUCUCAUUUUGUCUUUCAUAGUUGACGUGUACCUAUGAUGAAAAUGACAGGCCUCUCUCAGCUUUUUAAGUGGGAGAACUUGCACAAUUGGUGGCUGACUAAAUACUUUUUUUCCCCACUGUAUAUAAUUUAGGCAAAUUAAUUUUAGGGUCUGAAUAAAUAAUGAUAAUAAUAAAUUAGCACAAAUUUCUAAAAACCUGUUUUCCCUUUUUCAUUAUGGGGUAUUGUGUGCAUAUUGAUGAGGGAAAAAAAUUUAUUUAAUACAUUUUAGAAUAAGGCUGUAACGUAACAAAACGUGGAAAAAGUCAAGGGGUCUGAAUACUUUCAGAAUGGACUGUAUGCCCAGGCCUAAACCCUGAUUGGUUUACAUUAAAAAUAAAUUUCUCAGAUAAAAAAAGAGCAAAGUUGUACAUUUACCAAGGAUUCUAGAAUCUUAGCUAGACAAGGAAGCCUUGAAAUGGGCCAUAAUUAUUAAGAUCAGUAUUAUCCCUUAUGUAGUGGCAGCACAAGAGCUGAUUUACAUACUUUUGAAAUAUUUCCUGAUAACAAUGUUAAAUAUUUUUUUUUAGUUAUUACAAUGAUGUGUGCUGUACACUUAAGCAGACCGAUAUCCAAUUGGUCGGCCCCUGUGUAUUUCUUGUUUUCUAUUGCUAGCAAAGCAUCCAGGACUUAUUUUCUGUAAAUAGCCUAAAAGAAAAGCUUUGACUAUAAUUUCUCUGAUCAUUCAGCAAGUUUCCCCUAUCAGCAUCCAGCCCAAUAUCAUUGUGAAUUGAAGUUAUUUUCAAAGAGGUAGCCCGCUGAAAUAAAAUGGUGAUUAAAUGCAUCAAUGAUGGCAUUUAUUCCGUAAUGAAGCCAGUGUCUGAAUUGAUUUGUUGUGGCAGAGAGGAGGAAGUAGAACCCUUCAGAGAUUUGACAGUUUUCCAGAAUUUAGCCAGGUUCCCAUUACAAUCCAAAGGAGCGGUUACAUAAUAAUCAGAUUUAGCCUUUCUGAUUUGUCUUACACAACAAUUCCUCAGUCGCUUAACACUAGCGCCGCUAAAGCAGUCAUUUUUGACUGCUCAUUAUUUAAAUUUUUGACUCUGCCAUUUUUAAAGUUAUGCCCCCCUCUGUCCUUGACUUUUCCUACACUGUCGUUGUUAGAAUCUUAAUAUCACAAACAGAACUGGAGUUAUAAUGAGUUUUAGGAGGGCAUGUCAUUUUUAAAAAUGGUUGCCCCUCGUUGCCCCUCUUUCUCCCAACAGUAGGGACUGCUCUGCUCUUUCUCCAGACAGUUGAAAAUGCCGCGCCCAGCUGAUAAUCACCCCGACAAUUGCCUCGAAACUGAACCUAAACUACACCGAAACUAAUUUCACACAUAUAACAACAGAGGAAAUAAAUUAAGUAAAGUAUGAUGGGGCAGAAGGGGUGAGUUGAUGAGCGAGGGGAAGCAAACGAUGCAGAAUUAAGUAAUCACCAAUUGUGAAUGAAGAACAAGACGGGCCAUUCUAUUGUAUUGAUACAUUCUAAUUAUAGGCCUAAUCUUAAAAUGGUACGUUAACCUAUAUCAGUUUACUGAAUCAAAGCAGUCUUAUCAGUCUACUCUGGCCUACUUGGAGUAGUCUACACAGUGAGAGCAGUAAUCAGUCUACUCUGGCCUACUUGGAGUAGUCUACACAGUGAGAGCAGUAAUCAGUCUACUCUGGCCUACUUGGAGUAGGCUACACAGUGAGAGCAGUAAUCAGUCUACUCUGGCCUACUUGGAGUAGUCUACACAGUGAGAGCAGUAAUCAGUCUACUCUGGCCUACUUGGAGUAGUCUACACAGUGAGAGCAGUAAUCAGUCUACUCUGGCCUACUUGGAGUAGUCUACACAGUGAGAGCAUGCAUAAUUGUACAUGCUGAACGGCUUUCAAUAUCUGGCAAAAUAUCUACAUUGGGCAGCAGGCGCGGGUGUCGGAGAAUGUGGCGAGGAGGCUUGUGGAACCUUACGUUAGCAAGGGGAGAAAUGUCACCAUGGACAAUUUAUUCACUUCACUGUCAUUGGCUAACAAUUUUCUUGCAAAGAAAACAAGUCUGGCCGGCACCAUGAACAAAGUGAGACGGGAACUCCCUCCCUCUGCGCAAAAUAAGGCACCCACACAGCGGUUGUGAUACAAUACAAUGGUCCUGAAGAAUGACAAGACAACUGGACACAAUAAAGAGAAAAACAGAGGCUAAUAUGCACUACAACCAAACAAAGGUACGUCAAAGUGUGUCAAGCAAGUGAAAGUUACCAAAAAUUAUGGCAUUUGUUAGGACAAGGGAUAACAGCUAAAUUAAAUCCAACUGAUGCCGUUGCCUGAAGAUGACGAGCUGACAAUAAUGGACUAUUUUCUGUCAUAUCUACACUUAUAUUAAUUAUAACGCCUUUAUUUGUGCUGAGUUUCACUAUUUAUCUUGGCACUUAUAAUGAUGUUUAGGCUACUGAUGUUAUCAUAUUUUGACCGCGCAUCUUUUGACAAUGUGUCUUGGUGGUUGGGGUAUUUUUUCUUUAUUUCUUUCUUCGUAAAAAUAAGAUGUUACCGUGUUUCAACUCAUUUCCUUUCUGUUUCAUAGUUGUAACAAAGGCACUCCACUAAAAAAAAUGUUGAACACUUGAAUUUUUCUGUUUUUACAUAUAGCCUACUGUAACAUAAACUAAUGAAAAUCCUAUUGUGUUAUUUGAAAUAAAAUACAAAUCGUAUUCUAAUGUUACCCAAGGCCUUCAUAAACACAACCAAAUGAUUAUUUUUUUGUGAUAGCAUAUAUUAAAUAUAUUAAUUACACUGUUAGAAUGUUGCAGUCAGAAUGACUUCUCAUUAACUUGAAGGAUCAUUAACUUGAAGGAUCAUUAACUUGAUCAAUUAAAUCGACGUCCAGCGGUUCUAGUGUUAAAAGCUUGCCAGUCCGGGCCUAAGCCUGUGUUCCUGGCCUUGACCCAAGCAUCAUCUCUUUUAUGAAUGACUUCUGAUAAUUCCAGAGUGUACCAGGUAUUCGAUCUACCUUUAACCCUUAAUUUUUUGAAGGGAGCAUGAUUAUCCACAAUAUGAUUGCAGACAUCUGAAAAGGGCUCAAUGCUAAAUCAGGUUCAGGGAUAGCUGAAAUACAAUCAAGGUCACUAAAAUAAAGAUAAUGUAAAAAAGCCUGUUCACUGAAGUCCUCUUUGUGACGACACGAGGCUUAGAUGUUUGUAUUCUCACGUCUCUAUCACAAACAACUGGACAAUGGUCACUAAUGUCUUGGGCGAAGACACCAGUAGAAACAUAUUUCACUUGGUGCAUUCGUCAAAAUAAGAUCAGAGUUGACUUUAAAGGACCUCUAGGGUUGGGUCGUGCAGGCUUAGUCACCAGCUGGGUUAGGUUCAGAUCAUUACACAUGUCCUUUAGAUUGUAUGAAGCCUGCAUUUCCCAAUCAUAAUUUAGGUCACCCAGGAUAAUAACAUCUCAUUUAAUAAGAAGUUUAGUAACUUCGCAUUUACUUAACAAACUAGUUAACUCCUCGAAUGCACAAAGGUUAUCCGAGGGAGGACAGUAGACCCCUAUAACAGUUAUGGAUACAUUUUUCCCCAGACAAAGGCUUAAAGAUAGUAGCUAAAUGGACAUGGAUGUCAGCAAAGAGACAGACAUUAUUUUUAAUAAAAAUGGCCACUCCACCACCUCUACCGUGUCUGUCAGCUCUGAACACAUUAUAACCCUCAAUAUUAAUAUCAGAGUCCAGAAUGUCCCCAGAGAUCGAAGUUUCAGUCAAUAUCAGAAUGCCCGGAUUCGUCUGCAUAGCCCAGAGGAAGUAGAAAGUAGAAAUUGGAAUCACUUUUCCAAGGUUUACACCAUAGGGCCUGAGGCCAAUGUCAAUAUGAUGAACUCUAUAUGUUAUAAACGGACUUAGAUGGGCUUUGGUUGUUAUCUUGCACCAGCCCAAUCCAAGAUGGCGUAGCAGUGCAGUCGUGAUUUUGUUGUGUGUCUGUAAAUAGCCUGUAAAUAGCCUGUUUUUUUUGUUUUUUUUCGUACAUAUUUCCCUAUCAGACUUUUCAUCCUUCUACAAAAUAUACUUUCCUGCAACCCGCCUCACUCAAUGUGGAACGGAUUCUAUUAUUGACUUACCAUUUAUCUAGAAUUUUUUAGUUGUUGUUAUUCUGUCUCUCACUGUUCAAAUAAACCUACCAUUAAAAUUAUAGACUGAUCAUGUCUUUGUCAGUGGGCAAACGUACAAAAUCAGCAGGGGAUCAAAUGCUUUUUUCUCUCACUGUAUAUAGGGGAUACGGGUACCGAGUCAUGUAGGUAGAGUUAUUAAUGUGACGAUGCAUAGAUAACAAACAGAGAGUAGCAGCAGCUUAAAAGAGGGUUGGGGGGGGGGGGGGGGGGGGGCAAUGCAAAUAGUCCGUUAGCGGUUUUUCACCAUUGUCCGUGGCCUGCACCACCUACCAGCCAGCUCUAGCCUGGACUGUUAUUCGGCCAGUCUGCACUGUCUGCACAGCGCGUUAUCGACCCAGAACAUAUCGGUUUUCUGCCGGAAUCACUGAAUCACUGGACCUGAUGGGGUGGGGGGGGGGGGGGCAAUGCAAAUAGUCUGGGUAGCCAUUUGAUUAGAUGUUCAGGAGUCUUAUGGCUUAGGGGUAGAAGCUGUUUAGAAGCCUCUUGGACCUAGACUUGGCACUCCGGUACCGCUUGCCGUGCGGUAGCAGAGAGAACAGUCUAUGGCUAGGGUGGCUGGAGUGUUCAACAAUUUUUAGGGCCUUCCUCUGACACCGCCUGGUAUAGAGGUCCUGGAUGGCAGGAAGCUUGGCCCCAGUGAUGUACUGGGCCGUACGCACUACCUUCUGUAGUGCCUUGCGGUUGGAGGCCGAGCAGUUGCCAUACCAGGCAGUGAUGCAACCAGUCAGGAUGCUCUCAAUGGUAUAGCUGAAGAACCUUUUGAGGAUCUGAGGACGCAUGCCAAAUCUUUUCAGUCUCCUUAGGUUAUGUCGUGCCCUCUUCACGACUGUCUUGGUGUGCUUGGACCAUGUUAGUUUGUUGGUCAUGUGGACACCAAGGAACUUGAAGCUCUCAACCUGCUCCACUACAGCCCCAUCAAUGAGAAUGGGGGCAUGCUCAGUCCUCUUCUUUUUCCUGUAGUCUACAAUCAUCUCCAUUGUCUUGAUCACGUUAAGGGAGAGGUUGUUGUCCUAGCACCGCACGGCCAGGUCUCUGACCUCCUCCCUAUAGGCUGUCUCAUCGUUGUCGGUGAUCAGGCCUACCACUGUUGUGUCAUCGGCAAACUUAAUGAUGGUAUUGGAGUCGUGCCUGGCCAUGCAGUCAUGAGUGAACAGGGAGUACAGGAGGGGACUGAGCACGCACCCCUGAGGGUCCCCCAUGUUGAAGAUCAGCGUGGCGGAUGUGUUGUUACCUACCCUUACCACCUGGGGGCGGCCCAUCCGGAAGUCCAGGAUCCAGUUGCAGAGGGAGGUGUUUAGUCCCAGGGUCCUUAGCUUAGUGAUGAGUUUUGAGGGCACUAUGGUGUUGAACGCUGAGCUGUAGUCAAUGAAUAGCAUUUCCACAUAGGUGUUCCUUUUGUCCGUGUGUGAAAGGGCAGUGUGGAGCGCAAUAGAGAUUGCAUCAUCUGUGGAUCUGUUGGGCCGAUAUGCAAAUUGGGGUGGGUCUAGGGUUUCUGAGAUAAUGGUGUUGAUAUGAGCCAUGACCAGCCUUUCAAAGCACUUCAUGGCUACAGACGUGAGCGCUACGGGUCGGUAGUCAUUUAGGCAGGUUACCCUAGUGUUCUUGGGCACAGGCACUAUGGUGGUCUGCUUGAAACAUGUUGGUAUUACAGACUCGGCCAGGGACAGGUUGAAAAUGUCAGUGAAGACACUUGCCAGUUGGUCAGUGCAUGCUCGGAGUACACGUCCUGGUAAUCCGUCUGGCCCUGCAGCCUUGUGAAUGUUGACCUGUUUAAAGGUCUUACUCACAUUGGCUACGGAGCGCGAUAUCACACAGUCAUCCGGAACAGCUGAUGCUCUCAUGCAUGUUUCAGUGUUACUUGCCUCGAAGCGAGCAUAGAUGUAAUUUAGCUCGUCUGGUAGGCUUGUGUCACUGGCAAGCUUGUGGCUGUGCUUCCCUUUGUAGUCUGUAAUAGUUUGCAAGCCCUGCCACAUCCGACGAGCGUCGGAGCCGGUGUAGUACGAUUCGAUCUUAGUCCUGUAUUGACGCUUUGCCUGUUUGAUGGUUCGUCGGAGAGCAUAGCGGGAUUUCUUAUUAGCUUCCGGGUUAGAGUGCCGCUCCUUGAAAGCGGCAGCUCUACCCUUUAGCUCAGUGCGGAUGUUGCCUGUAAUCCAUGGCUUCUGGUUGGGGUAUGUAAGUACAGUCACUGUGGGGACGACGUCAUCAAUGCACUUAUUGAUGAGGCCAGUGACUGAUAUGGUGUACUCAUUAAUGCCAUCGGAAGAAUCCUGGAACAUGUUCCAGUCUGUGUUAGCAAAACAGUCCUGUAGCUUAGCAUCUGCUUCAUCUGACCACUUUUUUUAUUGACCAAGUCACUGGUGCUUCCUGCUUUAGUUUUUGCUUGUAAGCAGGAAUCAGGAGGAUAUAAUUAUGGUCAGAUUUUCCAAAUGGGGGCGAGGGAGAGCUUUGUACGUGUCUCUGUGUGUGGAGUAUAGGUGGUCUAGAGUUAUUUUCCCUCUGGUUGCACAUUUGACAUGCUGGUAGAAAUGACGUAAAACGGAUUAGGUAAAACGCAUUAAAGUCCCCGGCAACUAGGAGCGCCGCCUCUGGAUGAGCGUUUUCCUGUUUGCUUAUGGCCGUAUACAGUUAAUUGAGUGCGGUCUUAGUGCCAGCAUCGGUUUGUGGUGGUAAAUAGACAGCUACGAAGAAUAUAGAUGAAAACUCUCUUGGUAGAUAGUGUGGUCUACAGCUUAUCAUGAGAAACUCUACCUCAGGCGAGCAAAACCUCGAGACUUCCUUAGAUAUCGUGCAUCAGCUGUUGUUUACAAAUAUACAUAGACCGCCACCCCUUGUCUUACCCGAGGCUGCCGUUCUAUCCUGCCGAUACAGUGUAUAACCCGCCAGCUGUAUGUUAUUCAUGUCAUCGUUCAGCCACGACUAGGACCCACAAUAAACACAACCAAGGCACAAAACUGUCAGCGUAACAACAACAAGGAGAGAGCUGUGACUUACUCAAUGCAAUUAAAUGCUGGGGCCCAUCAAAACAGCAACGCAAUGGAGGCCGUGUUACCAGUACGAUAGCCAGAAGAGAAGCACCUUGGAGGGGGAUGUACAGGCCGGUGGAAAGCCAGGAGGGAGGCUAAGGGAGAGUCAAAAAUAGUAAAUCCAAGUAGUCUAAAGUCUCUUAAGCUGUUUGAAAAGACCGCCUGAAAUCUUAGCCUGUGUUGGUGGGAUGGAGUUUUGGCUUGCUUGGUGACAUCACCAGGUGGUAAAUUAGUGUAUAGACCAAUAAGAAAGAGAGUUCCAAACCUCAUUGCCAAUAACAGCUAGUUUUCUGUUUUCCCCUCCCCACUCAGACCACUCCCAGACAGUCCUAGCUAAAUUCUUGCUUGAGAAAUUGCUCUUUGCUAAGAAGUUAUUUUUGUUUAGUUUUAACCAUUUUUAUUGAAAACAAUCUAAGUAAGGAACAUAAAACCUCUAAAAACGGACAGUCCCUGAAAUAGGGCAUUAGAAUUACUUUUAAAUGUAUCUAUAUGUUUGCAUUACUUAUUUUAUUGAUUACCCACCGUUUUAGAAGUCAGAAAACAAACAUCCAGACCUUCCUAGGACCAGGUCAACGUCGAAUAAACAUGUAUUUGCCUCCCUCUGGUGGUCGGUUGCAUCAUUACAUCCAUUUAUAUCACUUCACUGCAAAAUUACAUCAAAGGGGCAGUCCUUAGAAAAACAUUUAUCCAGCUGGACUGCUUCACGGCACAGACAUGGCAAAGCAAUCGCUGAAUUUGUCUCGAGCAGGCGGAUCUAAAUACAUCACUUUCAUAGCUCUAUGAUAAAGAAUGCGACCUACACACUUCCUUAAACCUAAAAUAGAUACUUUUGUGUAGAAGUCAAACAUUUGUUUUACGUUGGAGGCAGACACAUUGCAUAACAACAAAAUGGACCCCUUUACAUAGCGCUUCUCCCUUUGUCCCUUUAAAAUGGCCCAAAUGUUGAUUAGACGUUCACAAAUGUAACAUAUUUUGACUAUCACUAAUGUCAUGAUAUGUUUGGUAAAGUAAUAAAGAAGAUGAAAUAUUUUGUGUAGAUGUUCCUAAAACAGAUUAUAACUAUACUGUACAUGUAUAUGGAUAUUAUAAAGUAUAAAAAGGCUUAUUCAUUCACAAUUAUUAUUAUUAUUUUUAUCAUACCAUCCUAUUUGUAUAUGGUGUAUUAUACUUUUAUGGUGUACAUAUUCAUGUUUUUUUCUCAGACAUAAAUAAACAAUUCCAGGUGAAAGGUCAUAGCUUUCUAGGGGUGAAACGCUACUACAUUCAUAUAAUAUUGCCCUUUUGCUAGAUUGAUGACUAAAACCAUAGCGAAACAGUGCAAAAUGGCUGUCUGCUCAACUGGUUGCUAAACCAAGCGGAGUUUAAGUUUGGCAGUAGUCCAAAAACAUCCAAGGCGCAAUGUCAAGUGGAAGGAUGAAAGCAGCAUUAGGCAGGUGUCUGCUCAGAUAAUGCCCCAGUGCAGAGCAGGGUGCCCAGGUAUAUAACAGGAGGAAGGUGUCUGCUCAGAUAAUGCCCCAGUGCAGAGCAGGGUGCCCAGGUAUAUAACAGGAGGCAGGUGUCUGCUCAGAUAAUGCCCCAGUGCAGAGCAGGGGGACCAGGUAUAUAACAGGAGGCAGGUGUCUGAUCAGAUAAUGCCCCAGUGCAGAGCAGGGUGCCCAGGUAUAUCCAAGUAGGCCUCAAAAGGUUCAACAGACCAGUUUUUUAUGUCUCCUUAAAAACUCUGUAUUCUAUAAUGCACUAUUGUCCACUGUGUUCACAGCCAGAUGAAACAAAGGUAAAAGGAGACAAAAAAUCCACAAAAAAGCUUUUCAACUACAACCACUGAUCAGAGAAAAAGACAUGCUUGCUGCCAUCUUGAAAAGGUUGCAGUGAAAAGAGGUUACCAGUAACUUACAGGCAGCUCAUUGGUACGCAAGUUACUGUAUUUAAAUACUGAUUUAAACAGAUUUAAACAGUACACAUGUUUGUUGUAGCCACGGACAAAAAUAUCUGGUUCAACUCAUCGAGGGCUUGAUGAUUAGUUGACAAGUUGAAUCAGGUGUGGUUGUCUGGGGCUUUAAUAAAAAUGUGUACUGUUGGGGAUAUUCCAGGACUGGAGUUGGGAAACAAUGAUCAGUAAAAAAAAAAAAAAAGCAAAUUAAUUUACUUAGACUUCACGUAAAUAGCGUCCGAGAAUAGUCAAUGUUGUGCUAGCUAGCUACAGUUAGCUAGCUAGCCAACACUGGGCUAGCUAGCUAGCAAACUACAUACAGUGAGGGAAAAAAGUAUUUGAUCCCCUGCUGAUUUUGUACAUUUGCCCACUGACAAAGAAAUGAUCAGUCUAUAAUUUUAGUGGUAGGUUUAUUUGAACAGUGAGAGACAGAAUAACAAAAAAAUCCAGAAAAACGCAUGUCAAAAAUUUUAUAAAUUGAUUUGCAUUUUAAUGAGGGAAAUAAGUAUUUGAUUUCUGGCUCCCAGGUGUCUUUUAUACAGGUAACGAGCUGAGAUUAGGAGCACACUCUUAAAGGGAGUGCUCCUAAUCUCAGUUUGUUACCUGUAUAAAAGACACCUGUCCACAGAAGCAAUCAAUCAAUCAGAUUCCAAACUCUCCACCAUGGCCAAGACCAAAGAGCUCUCCAAAGAUGUCAGGGACAAGAUUGUAGACCUACACAAGGCUGGAAUGGGCUACAAGACCAUCGCCAAGCAGCUUGGUGAGAAGGAGACAACAGUUGGUGCGAUUAUUCGCAAAUGGAAGAAACACAAAAUAACUGUCCCGGUGAGGACAGGGGGAUUUGAUAGGUCUAGACAAGAAGGCAAAGGGAGGACACCUUGGGGUUUUUCUACCUCGUCAACUCCUACCUCCAACUUCACUCCAUUUUAACUCCGAUGGUGUAGAGCAGGGUUCUUCAAUUCCGGUCCUGGAGGGCCGAAACACCUCUGUUUUUCAUCCUCUCCUUCUAAUCAGGGGCUAAUUCAGACCUGCGACACCAGGUGAGUGCAAUUAACUACCAGGUAGAAAUAAAAAACAGAAGUGUUUCGGCCCUCCAGGACCGGAAUUGAAGAACCCUGGCGUAGAGCAAGACACUGUAGUUCUCCUGCGUUCAUCGAUGUGUCAAUUUUGCACAACUGACCUUCUUCUCGACCCGUUCUUUGCGCACUUGUCACGUUUGAGGUCGUCCACAUUUCGAGGCGUGUUGUGCAGAUGGGCAGAUCUUGACAUGAUGCCUUAAUUCUUGGGAUAAAGAAAUAAUUGCACCGAUGCAUCCCAUCCAAAAGUGAGAAUGUUCCUCAACAGUGAAAACCCUUGCAAGGUUACAUGAUGGAAUAAGAGUUUGUCCUAUGAUCAUUUUAAGUGCUUGUCAGCAAUCAAGUUUUCAAGAUAUGUAACUUUUCAAAAUAUAGAAAUCAUCCCCAUAUAAAUCAAGGUAUCCUCCCUUUGCCUUCUUGUCCAGACCAAUCAAAUAAUCUCUGAGCCCCCUGUUCUCGUCUAGUAGUUCAAUGAUCCGCUCCUUAGAGGCAUGGAGCCAUUUACACUUCUCACAAGUGUAUAUGUCAGUAUACUGUUCCUCUUUGACUACAAUGAACAUGUCACAUGACUCACACUUCAUUGCUUUUACCAUCCAACUCCAAUCAGCGUUCCCCGGGGCUACAACGAGCCAACUUCGACACGAGUCAAGCUUUGCCGGUGUCAGCCAGGCAGACUAGCUAGACAGGGCUAGUAUCAGUUCAGUCAGGCGACAGUAAAAAUCCAGACAGGAAAAGAGUUGCAUUAAAAUGGUGUGUAACAACAGCACUAACACUGCAUUCCUGAAAUAAAACACUAAAAGUAAAUAAAUACAAUUUAAAUAAUUUAAAAUAAAUAACAUUUAGCAUAAAGCUUACUUGAUUUUUUUGUAUUAUUUUCACUGCAUCAGGGAUUACGUACACAGACGUUUCGGCUUUGCAGCCUUCUCCAGUGUGAAGGUACAGAUCUUUUUCCAUCCAAAACAGCAGGUGUGCAACCAAUGAGCAGCAGGUGCUUCUAAUCAGGAUUGCCAGUCAUCUGCCAAUCAGGGAUGUGGCUUCUCUCUGGUCUACCUGCAUAGAAAUUAGUCACAAAGAUAUACAGAAUUAUAGGGUAUGGGAUCAGGCACCAAGGGUAAUUUGGGGGGCAUCAGGCAAUUGCCUUACGUGUCCGCUCACUUGGAUACAAAUUCACGAGAUAGUUCAAUCACUAAGGACAUCUUGCUCGGUCAUUUAUAAAUAUGUGGGGCCAACUCAUAAAUGAUAUGCAAAAUCUGAUAUGGACAGUUUCCUUGUGUAAAUGUGGCCUAUAGGAACGAGGUGAAAUCUAGUUAUUUGUUUAAAACUUCAAAUAAAAGUUUAGAAGUAUACAACACCGUAGCACGGACAAUCUACUCACGUUCACAGACUAUAUUUUUCUGUUUAACCUUUAUUUAACUAGGCAAAUCAGUUAAGAACAAAUUCUUAUUUACAAUGGCGGCCUACACCGGCCAAACCCGGACGACGCUGGGCCAAUUGUGCGCCGCCCUAUGGGACCGCCAAUCAACCAAUCGAACCAGGGUCUGUGGUCACGCCUCUAAAGCUGAGAUGCAGUGCCUCAGACCACUGCGCCACUCGGGAGCAUCCGGCUUGCAUCUGCUUUAUACGGACCAGCAUCACAUGCGCGCUAGGGGAGGAGCAGGGGCAGUGACGUCAUCACGUCGUCCAAAAACAUGGCAGACAUUGGAUGAAUAUAAAAUGUUAAUGUCUUCGGCUGUGAUAGAAAAAUAUCGGCCUCAGCGACAAUUAUUUGAAUAAUUCAAUGGAUGUUUUGUGCACAAAGGUGAUGGCUAAAGUAUCUUAUUAGGAAUUUUCAAAUCUGACCUUUGUAUGUGGCCGUCUGCGGAUAUUGUCUUUUUGGGCCGGACAUCAGUUAAACUGCAGUACCGAAGCAAAACUGUAGAAGCAGUCAAAACCGUGCUUCUAGACCGGAACCCUGGCCCCUUGACUGAAUCACUGCUUAAUUUUCUAAUUCCUGUUUCCUGCUUCCUGCUUCCCGACAGGAAGUGAUGUGUCAAUGGUAGGUAUACUAUACAUCGAUUGAACGAAUGAAAUUCAUUGAGAGAGGUUGGGGUUUGUAUUUCACAGUAACUUACAUGGGAUUGGUGCAAGCAGGUUGGCUGCUAGGUAAUGUGUUCACACAUACGACAUAUUAAUGAAUAUUUGCUGUUCUAUGCUAUAUCACUUGCACUUCCAAAGGCUUCCAAACUGGCAGUGACUACAGGGCAAAACAGACCAAAACGAACAGCCAUUUAAGACUUGCUGCCACUCCAAUCUGUCCCCUUUUUAAUUGAUGCGGCAUUACUACCACAUACCAGUUAAAUUCUCACUUUAUGGGUGAAAAAAAAUAUAUAGCCUCUUACAAGGCACGCCUCAAAAUAUGUUAAUGAGCCAGAAACAACAACACCAUGCACCCACUAGUGGUGAAAAGGUUUUUGGUGCUCCAAAAAUACGGUAUGGUACUGUAUUCUGUGGGAUGCAAUUACAGUACCAUUCGAAAUACAGCCAUUCUUUCCUAGCCCACAAAACCUUCCCACAAUGCACCAUCAUUUACAGUGGGGAGAACAAGUAUUUGAUACACUGCCGAUUUUGCAGGUUUUCCUACUUACAAAGCAUGUAGAGGUCUGUAAUUUUUAUCAUAGGUACACUUCAACUGUGAGAGACGGAAUCUAAAACAAAAAUCCAGAAAAUCACAUUGUAUGAUUUUUAAGUAAUUAAUUUGUAUUUUUUGCAUGAGUGGCGGGGUGGCCACUUCGUUGUUGUUUGAACCGAGGGUUGGCCCUUUAGGCGUCGUUGUGCACCAAGCCCCAAAACACGUACAACUGCACGAUUCUCUAAUGCUUCCUGAGACUACUGGAGUGAUCCCACCUCUGCCACCAAUGUAGCAGGGAGAGCAGCAGCGGUUGGGGACUGCACGAAAAUGUAUGCACUCACUAACUGUAAGUCGCCUCUGGAUAAGAGCGUCCGCUAAAUGACUAAAAUGUCAAACGUUCACAUUACACCAUCUUUAUAAUCCUUACAAGGAAGUGAUCUGUUCGUUAGAGUGUACUUGCACAGCACUACAGAGGGAUGGCAAGGGGAUGAAAUUCUCUGUGACAGACAUGAGUGGAGUGACAACAGUGACAUCGGCAGAGUGGAGGUUUCUGAUUGGCUGUUGGCUGUCCUGUCAGAGGGCAUGCUGGGUAUAAAGUUGGGAGGUACAGAGCGGGACACGCCACACACCUCCGGGGGCGCUGAUUGGGAGGGAGGUAAGGAUGGAAAGAUGUAGCCUCUUCAGGAUCUCUCUCUUUAUAUUUGUGUAACUUCAUGUCUGUAAUUUUUUUUAAACAUUUUAGUCAUUUAGCAGACGCUCUUAUCCAGAGCAACUUAAAGUUAGUGCAUACAUUUUUUAUUUAUACUGGCCCCCCGUGGGAAUCAAACCUGAGCUAUGUGGGGGUAAGGAUGGAGGGAGAGAGAGAUCAUACAGGGUCUUCAACAUCUUCUCUCCACCUCUCCCUCUCUCCUGCAGCUGAAACUAUUUUAGUUGAGUAAUUAACCAUUUCAGGACAGGCUUUAGUGUCUCUAUCUCUCUGAUGAUGUCUCUCCUACCUCCCCCCACCUUCCCCAGUACAGAAUGUUUGACGUGGAUGAGAACUACACACGUGUGUCAGAGUUUGUGAUCGUGGGCUUCCCGGGGCUCCAUCCAUCCUUCUACCAGCUGGUGGCCUGGUUGUUCUGCUUUAUCUAUGUGACCACGGUGGUGGGGAACUUCCUGCUGGUGGUGCUGUUUGCCCUGGAGCGCAACCUGCAGAAACCCAUGUACAUCAUCAUGCUCAGCCUGGCUCUGUCAGAUAUAGGUAAGAUGCUCAGCCUGGCUCUGUCAGAUAUAGGUAAGAUACUCAGCCUGGCUCUGUCAGAUAUAGGUAAGAUACUCAGCCUGGUUCUGUCAGAUAUAGGUAAGAUACUCAGCCUGGUUCUGUCAGAUAUAGGUAAGAUGCUCAGCCUGGUUCUGUCAGAUAUAGGUAAGAUACUCAGCCUGGCUCUGUCAGAUAUAGGUAAGAUGCUCAGCCUGGCUCUGUCAGAUAUAGGUAAGAUGCUCAGCCUGGCUCUGUCAGAUAUAGGUAAGAUGCUCAGCCUCGCUCUGUCAGAUAUAGGUAAGAUGCUCAGCCUGGCUCUGUCAGAUAUAGGUAAGAUGCUCAGCCUGGUUCUGUCAGAUAUAGGUAAGAUGCUCAGCCUGGCUCUGUCAGAUAUAGGUAAGAUGCUCAGCCUGGCUCUGUCAGAUAUAGAUAAGAUGCUCAGCCUGGUUCUGUCAGAUAUAGGUAAGAUGCUCAGCCUGGUUCUGUCUGAUGAAGGAGUUGUGUUAGAAUGUGUGUUCUGUUCAAAUGUGUUCUCUCUCUCACUCUUUUCUUCCCCAAUGUGACCGCUGAGGGAGUUUAUAUGUGUCUGGCUGAGCACAGACAUCAGUGAGAGAGGAGAGGUCAUGAGAGAAAGAGUCUCACGUUAAAAUGGGUCCCCAUACCUCCCUCCUUCUUUCAUCAUGUGGAGAGUACCUCUCUGACAACACAGUCAUGUACAAAUCUGUUAUCAAUCAGUGAUUACUUCCAUCCAAGAAAGGAUGAGUAUUUAAACAGGGUGAAUGUGUCUAAUUUCCCUCUUAGAGAGAGGCUAGUGACCCAGAGUGUUUCCAUAGGGAGAGUGUUUCCACGGUGAUAGCCCAAUACUGGUGGGACAACGGGAGGAUCUCCGUCCAUACCUGUCUGUCUCAAUAGUCUAACGUGGUCUCCUCUCCUCUCCUCUCCUCUCCUCUCCUCUCCUCUCCUCUCCUCUCCUCUCCUCUCCUCUCCUCUCCUCUCCUCUCCUCUCCUCUCCUCUCCUCUCCUCUCCUCUCCUCUCCUCUCCUCUCCUCUCCUCUCCUCUCCUCCCCUCUCCUCUCCUCUCCAGGUUUUGCCACAGUGGCCCUUCCCAAGGUGAUAGCUCGGUGGUGGUGGGACGAUGGGACGAUCUCCUUCCAUACCUGUCUGUUCCAGGAACAAAUGAUCCACUACUUUGGAACGCUCAACUCUCUCAUCAUGAUGAACAUGGCAAUGGACCGGUACCUGGCUAUCUGUCACCCUCUCAGGUAACAUAGAUCUAUCUAACCCUAACCCUAACACUCUCAUCAUGAUGAACAUGGCAAUGGACCGGUACCUGGCUAUCUGUCACCCUCUCAGGUAACAUAGAUCUACCUAACCCUAACCUUAACUCUCUCAUCAUGACAACCAUGGCUAUGGACCGGUACCUGGCUAUCUGUCACCCUCUCAGGUAACAUAGAUCUACCUAACCCUAACCUUAACUCUCUCAUCAUGACAACCAUGGCUAUGGACCGGUACCUGGCUAUCUGUCACCCUCUCAGGCAACAUAGAUCUACCUAACCCUAACCCUAACACUCUCAUCAUGACAACCAUGGCUAUGGACCGGUACCUGGCUAUCUGUCACCCUCUCAGGUAACAUAGAUCUACCUAACUCUAACCCUAACACUCUCAUCAUGACAACCAUGGCUAUGGACCAGUACCUGGCUAUCUGCUACCCUCUCAGGUAACAACAACAACAUCAACAUCAUCUCAAUAAUAUGCGUUAUGAUGUGAUUGAUGAAAAAUACAUACAAGUGUCUUGGGAGGGAUUCAUUCUUGUUUUGGUCCUCUCCCCUCUCUCCAUCUCUCUCUCUCCCCCAUCUUCCUCUCUCGAUCUCUCUCUCUCCCCCAUCUUCCUCUCUCCAUCUCUCUCUUUCCCCCAUCUUCCUCUCUCCAUCUCUCUCUCCCCCCAUCUUCCUCUCUCCGUCUCUCUCUCUCCCCCCAUCUCCCUCUCUCCUUCUCUCUCUCCCCCCAUCUCUCUCUCUCCCCCAUCUUCCUCUCUCUCUCUCUCUCCCCCCCCCAUCUCUCCCUCCCCUCCUCUCUCCUCUCCUCCUCCCCCAUCUUCCUCUCUCCAUCUCUCUCUCUCCCCCAUCUUCCUCUCUCCAUCUCCUCUCUCCCCCAUCUUCCUCCCCAUCUCCUCUCUCUCUCUCCCCCCCAUCUUCCUCCUCCCUCCAUCCUCUCUUCAUCUCCUCCCCCCCAUCUUCCUCUCUCCAUCUCUCUCUCCCCCAUCUUCCUCUCUCCAUCUCUCUCUCUCCCCCCAUCUUCCUCUCUCCAUCUCUCUCCCCCCAUCUUCCUCUCUCCAUCUCUCUCUCCUCCCCCCAUCUUCCUCUCUCCAUCUCCCUCUCCUCCCCCCAUCUUCCUCUCUCCAUCUCUCCUCUCUCCCCCCCUCUUCCUCUCUCCAUCUCCCUCUCUCCCCCCAUCUUCCUCUCUCCAUCUCUCUCUCUCCCCCAUCUUCCUCUCUCCUCAUCUCCUCUCCCCCCCCUGCUCUCCUCCAUCUCCCAUCUACUCUCUCUCCCCAUCUCCCUCUCUCCACUCUCUCUCUCUCCCUCCUCCCCCUCUUUCCCUCUCUCCAUCUCCUCCUCUCCGCCCCCCAUCUUCCUCUCGUCCAUCCUCUCUCUCCCCCCCUCUUCCUCUCUCCCUCUCUCUCUCCCCCCAUCUUCCUCUCUCCAUCUCUCUCCUCCUCACCCCUUCUCUCUCCAUUCUCUCCUCUCCCCCAUCCCUCCCCAUCUGUUCCUCUCCUCCGCUCAUCUCCCUCUCUCUCUCCCCCCAUCUUCCUCUCUCCCCUCUCUCUCUCUCCCCCAUCUUCCUCUCUCCAUCUCUCUCCUCCCCCCCAUCUUCCUCUCUCCUCUCUCUCUCUUCCCCCCCAUCUUCCUCUCUCCACUCUCUCUCCCCUCUCUCCUCCCCCAUCUCUCUCCCCCUCUCUCCUCUCUCCUCUCUCUCCCUCCAUCCCCUCCUCUCUCCAUCUCUCUCUCUCCCUCCAUCCCCUGCUCUCUCCUCUCCAGAUAUCCUGUGAUGAUGACCAACCGGACUAUGAGUGGUCUGACAGUCUUCUCCUGGAUGUCAGCCCAAGUCGCACCUGUCAUCCUCACCAUAGACUUCAGCAGGGUACUGUCAUGAUACGGAUGGGUUGGUUAUUUAGCGAGUGUGCCACUGUGGGGCAAAACAGACGCGGUUGGCCUAGAUUGUUGACAACAUGUAAACUGUAUUUCGUCUCCAAAUUAAUUGCACAUAAACGAGCACUUGUUGUCUCUCAAAUACAUCGCUACAGUUGUUGGAUAGCUAGAUAGCGAAUUUCAGCCACAUUAGCAUAGACAUGACAUGAGUCCAAAACACCUCAAAACAAGACAUGGGAUUUACAACAAGAUACAAUGAGCUGAAACCGGCCACCUACGAUUCCCCACAUGGCAGCUUCUGGUCAUUGUUGCUACGGAUCUGACUGUUCAGAAUCACAACACCACAUGGAACUCUGCCUCAUCGAUGCGCGCAUCCUUUUCGUGACGUUGUCUAUAUGGUAAUAAUGUUACUGCAGCCAGUACAUUCACAUUUACGUCAUUUAGCAGACGCUCUUAUCCAGAGCGACUUACAAAUUGGUGCAUUCACCUUAUGAUAGCCAGUGGGAUAACCACUUUACAAUAUUAUUUUUAAUUUUUAAUUUUUAUUUUAUUUGUAAUAGUUUAUUUUAUAUUGUUAUUUUUAGUUUUUUUAAGAUUUUUUUUAUUUCAAUUUUUUUUAUUUUUUUUAUUUUUUUACAGUAGAGGGCAGCAUAGACUCCACCAGAGUUCUGUGAUUAUAUAAUAAUACACUGUAUAAUGAUGAUACUGUAACUAAAGCCAUCCAGUGGGCCUGGCAGCCAGAGGGCAGCAUAGCCUUCACCAAGGGUAGCACAUCACAAAACAAAGCUCCAAAGCACAACUAAUCAAAUUGACAUGUCUUUAUCACACACAAAAAAAUGUGUUUCAAUUAGAACAGAAAUGUAGGCAUUUUUGGGGCCCAAGUACAGAACUUCUAGGUAAAACACAUGCUGCAAGCCAGGGGAGGAUGGGCCAACGAGCCUUGAAGACGGGUUCCUCUCAAAUGUCCUCCUCCUGGGGAGUUGUUCCUUGACACUGAUUCCGUUUGCUCUUUGUGAUCUAGAUUACUGUUUUAAAGGACAUUGCUGAUGUAAAAAAGGCCUAUAAAUAAAUCUUAUUGAUUGAGAAUGACACCAUAUCUCCUCUAAGCUUUUCCUAACUUCACCUCCCAGAAAGCAGCGUUCUAUGGACCCAACCUGAUUCUUCAAACGUUUGGCAUCUAGGCCCGGGUUCCGUGCUGCUGAUGUAAAAAGCCCUUUAAAUUACAUUUCAACUCACUGACAAUGACAUUGUUUGUUUUUAAUCUCCCAGAAAGUGGCGUUCUGUGGUCCCAACCGUAUCCUCCAUGCCUACUGUGAUGCUGCUUCACUGACUUCGCUGUCUUGCUCCAACAUGGUGGCGAUCCACGAGAGCUCCUAUGGGAUGGCCAUGUUCGUCCUCCUCCUCCCAUUCUCCUUCAUCAUCUUCUCCUACGUCAGCAUCAUCAUCACCGUGAUGCGCAUGGCCAACGCACAGGUCAGAGAAAGGGGUUGUUGAGGGUGGGGGUGUGCGCUUGGUGGGAGGAGGGGUGGGGGUCCCUAAUUCCUGUCUGUGUCCCUAAUUCUAACUACUCUCUCCUGACCCUAACCUUUCUCCUAACCCACUGCGUCUCUCUGUCCUGACGCUAACCUUUCUCCUAACCCACUGCGUCUCUCUGUCCUGACCCUAACCUUUCUCCUAACCCACUGCGUCUCUCUGUCCUGACCCUAACCUUUCUCCUAACCCACUGCGUCUCUCUGUCCUGACCCUAACCUUUCUCCUAACCCACUGCGUCUCUCUGUCCUGACCCUAACCUUUCUCCCAACCCACUGCGUCUCUCUGUCCUGACCCUAACCUUUCUCCUAACCCACUGCGUCUCUCUGUCCUGACCCUAACCUUUCUCCUAACCCACUGAACGCUUUUCUCCUCCUUUCUCCUCUCUCUAACCCAGGGCAGACUGAAGACCUUCUCUACCUGUGUUACUCAGGGAUGUGUCAUCCUUAUUUACUACAUCCCCCGCUUCGUAGUCUACUCCACUCCCUACAUCCCCAACCUGACAAUGACCCCUGACCUCCGCAUCGCCCUCAGCCUCGUCUACAGGUAGGUAGACCACAGGUUAGAGAGGCUGGGUCUGGGGUUGGGGGAAAAGACACAAGACUAAUUUCCGUUCCAAUCAAAUGGACAAUAAACAAACCCCUUAAAUCCCUAAACCCCUUAAUCUGCUCCAGGCGGCGUGUGUGUUUCUCGGGAGGAGUUGGGAUAAAAAAGGAAAAAGAUUUCAGUGUUUCUGUGACAACUGACAAAGUAAAGUCAUCUUCUAAAGUACCUAUUCUACUCUACAGCCUGUUUCCCCCGGUCGCCAACCCGUUCAUCUACUGCUUCAGGACCAAGGAGAUCAGAGCCAUCCUGGGGCGCUGGAGACAGGGCUGGAGGAACAGCGUGACAGAACCGAGUAAACCCAACACUGUGGCUGUUAUCACUGGAUGAGAUACCACACGCUGGGGGUUAUGAGCGGCAGGUAGCUUAGUGGUUUAGAGUGUUGUGCCAGUAACUGAAAGGCCUCUGGUUCUAAUCCCCGAAGCCGACUUGGUGAAAAAUCUGUCGAUGUGCCCUUGAGCAAGGCACUUAACCCUAAUUUCUCAUGUAAGUCGCUCUGGAUAAGAGCGUCUGCUAAAAUACUAAAAUGUAUAGGGUUAUAAUAGGGUUAUAUAGCCGUUAGAUAUUACUAUUCUCAAUUAAUAUAAUGACACUCGACAUUCUGAAAAUAGUAUUUCUUUGUAUUUUUGUAGUAUCAUACCAAAUAGUGAAUCUAAUCACAAAAAAAAGCCAGUUACUUGUGUUGUCUGAUUAACUCUCAACCAGUAUGGAUAAUGUCUAAUAAACAGGGGAGGCUACACUCUACCUUUACAUCAAAUCAAAUUUCAUUAUUUUAUUUGUCACAUAGACGUGUUUAGCAGAUGUUAUAGCGGGUGUAGCGAAAUGCUUGUGCUUCUAGCUCCGACAGUGCAGUAAUAUCUAACAAUUUCACAACAUAUACAGUUGAAGUCGGAGGAUUACAUACACCUUAGCCAAAUACAUUUAAACUCAGUUUUUCACAAUUCCUGACAUUUAAUCCUAGUAAAAAUUCCCUGUCUUAGGUCAGUUAGGAUCACCACUUUAUUUUAAGAAUGUGAAAUGUCAGAAUAAUAGUAGAGAGAAUGAUUUAUUUAAGCUUUUAUUUAUUUUAUCACAUUCCCAGUGGGUCAGAAGUUUACAUACAUUCAAUUAGUAUUUGGUAGGAUUGCCUUUAAAUUGUUUAACUUGGGUGAAACGUUUCGGAUAGCCUUCCACAAGUUUCCCACAAUAAGUUGGGGGAAUUUUGGCCGAUUCCUCCUGACAGAGCUGGUGUAACUGAGUCAGGUUUGUAGGCCUCCUUGCUCGCACACGCUUUUUCAGUUCUGCCCACAAAUGUUCUAUAGGAUUGAGGUCAGGGCUUUGUGAUGGCCACUCCAAUACCUUGACUUUGUUGUCCUUAAGCCAUUUUGCCACAACUUUGGAAGUAUGCUUGGGGUCAUUGUCCAUUUGGAAGACCCAUUUGCGACCAAGCUUUAACUUCCUGACUGAUGUCUUGAGAUGUUGCUUCAAUAUAUCCACAUUAUUUUCCUUCCUCAUGAUGCCAUCUAUUUUGUGAAGUGCACCAGUCCCUCCUGCAGCAAAGCACCCCCACAGCAUGAUGCUGCCACCCCCGUGUUUCACGGUUGGGAUGGUGUUCUUUGGCUUGCAAGCAUCCCACUUUUUCCUCCAAACAUAAUAAUUAUCAUUAUGGCAAAACAGUUAUAUUUUUGUUUCAUCAGACCAGAGGACAUUUCUCCAAAAAUUACGAUCUUUGUCCCCAUGUGCAGUUGCAAACCGUAGUCUGGCUUUUUUAUGGCGGUUUUAGAGCAGUGGCUUCUUCCUUGCUGAGCAGCCUUUCAGGUUAUGAUAUAGGACUUGUUUUACUGUGGAUAUAGAUACUUUUGUACCUGUUUCCUCCAGCAUCUUCACAAGGUCCUUUGCUGUUGUAGUGUCGAGUUAAUGUGGCUAAUUAUGCUGUAACAAAGGAGUCCGCUUAUACUGAGCUUUGAUCAUAAGUUUUAUUCAUAUCACAAGAUUUCAGCAUAAGUUUACAGAUGUCUAUAGCAUCCGGAGAACAGAGUCCCAAAAGAAUAAGUCUGUUCUAAUGUUCUUUGUCUCUAGCCCAUACUUAUAAUCUUUACAAAAAUAUGGGUGGCCCCCUUUACUGUCCAAUCACCUGUCUCCAACAAACAGACUCCCUCUGUUCUAUGAGGUGUCACUCUAAAACGGCUCCCUCUGAAACUGAAUAAACAUCCUCUCAGGUUCCACUUGAAAACAUUAGCAAAGUCAUAAUUCAUCAUACACUACACUGUUUUUCUGGGAUUGAUUUGCACUUUUCGCACCAAAGUACGUUCAUCUCUAGGAGACAGAACGCGUCUCCUUCCUGAGCGGUAUGAUGGCUGCGUGGUCCCAUGGUGUUUAUACUUGCGUACUAUUGUUUGUACAGAUGAACGUGGUACCUUCAGGCGUUUGGAAAUUGCUCCCAAGGAGGAACCAGAUUUGUGGAGGUCUACAAUGUUUUGGCGGAUUUCUUUUGAUUUUCCCAUGAUGUCAAGCAAAGAGGCACUGAGUUUGAAGGUAGGCCUUGAAAUACAUCCACAGGUACACCUCCAAUUGACUCAAAUUAUGUCAAUUAGCCUAUCAGAAGCUUCUAAAGCCAUGACAUCAUUUUCUGGAAUUUUCCAAGCUGUUUAAAGGCACAGUCAACUUAGUGUAUGUAAACUUCUGACCCACUGGAAUUGUGAUACAGUGAAUUAUAAGUGAAAUAAUCUGUCUGUAAACAAUUAUUGGAAAAAUUACUUGUGUCAUGCACAAAGUAGAUGUCCUAACCAACUUGCCAAAACUAUAGUUUGUUAACAAGAAAUUUGUGGAGUGGUUGAAAAACGAGUUUUAAUGACUCCAACCUAAGUGUAUGUAAACUUCCGACUUCAACUGUACCCAAUACACACAAAACUAGUAAGGAAUGGGAUUUAAGAAUACAUACAUAUAUGGACAAGCAAUGACAGAGCGGCAUGGACUAAGAUACAGUAGAAUAUUAUAGAAUAGAAUGCAGUAUAUACAAAUGAGAUGAGUAGUGCAAGAUAUGUAAACAUUUUUAAAGUGACUGGUGUUCCAUUUCUUAAAGUGGCCAGUGAUUUCAAUAGGCAGCAGCAGCCUCUAAUGUGCUAGUGAUGGCUAUUUAACAGUCUGAUGGCCUUGAGAUAGAAGCUGUUUUUCAUUCUCUCGGUCCCAGCUUUGAUGCACCUGUACUGACCUCGCCUUCUGGAUGAUAGCGGGGUGAACAGGCAGUGGCUUGGGUGGUUGAUGUCCUUGAUGAUCUUUUUGGCCUUCCUGUGACAUCGGGUGCUGUAUGUAUCUUGGAGGGCGGGUAGUUUGCCUCCGGUAACGCGUUCGGCAGAUUGCACCACCCUCUGGAAAGCCCUGCGGUUGUGGGCAGUGCAGUUGCCAUACCAGGCGGUGAUACAGCCCGACAGGAUGCUCUCAAUUGUGCAUCUGUAAAAGUUUGUGAGGGUUUUAGGUGCUAAGCCGAAUUUCAUCAGCCUCCUGAGGUUGAAGAGGCUCUGUUGCGCCUUCUUCAGCACACUGUCUGCGUGGGUGGACCAUUUAAGUUUGUCGGUGAUGUGUACCCCAAGGAACUUGAAGCUUUCCACCUUCUCCACUGCGGUCCCGUCGAUGUGGAUAGGGGGGUGCACCCUCUGCUGUUUCCUGAAGUCCACGAUCAUCUCCUUUGUUUUGUUAAUGUUGAGUGAGAGGUUAUUUUCCUGGCACCACACUCCCAGGAUAGGGCAGUGCAGUGUGAUGGCGAUUGCAUCGUCUGUGGAUCUAUUGGGGCGGUAUGCUAAUUGGAGUGGUUCUAGGAUGACAGGUAAGGUAGAGGUGAAAUGAUCCUUGACUAGUCUCUCAAAGCACUUCAUGAUGACAGAGGUGAGUGCUACAGGGCAAUAGUCAUUUAGUUCAGUUACCUUUGCUUUUUUUGGGGUACAGGAACAAUGGUGGCCAUCUUGAAGCAUGUGGGAACAGCAGACUGGGAAAGGGAGAGAUUGAAUAUGUCCGUAAAAACACCAGCCAGCUGGUCUGCGCAUGCUCUGAAGACGCUGCUAGGGAUGCCGUCUGGGCCGGCAGCCUUGCCAGGGUUAACGUGCUUAAAUGUCUUACUCACGUCGGCCAUGGAGAAGGAGAGGCCACAGUCCUUGGUAGUGGGCCUCGUCAGUGGCACUGUGUUAUCCUCAAAGCGGGCGAAGAAGGUGUUUAGCUUAUAAAUUGAUUUGCAUUUUAAUGAGGGAAAUAAGAAUUUGACCUCUCUGCAAAACAUGACUUAGUACUUGGUGGAAAAACCCUUGUUGGCAAUCACAGAGGUCAGACGUUUCUUGUAGUUGGCCACCAGGUUUGCACACAUCUAAGGAGGGAUUUUGUUCCACUCCUCUUUGCAGAUCUUCUCCAAGUCAUUAAGGUUUCGAGGCUGAUGUUUUGCAACUCGAACCUUCAGCUCCCUCCACAGAUUUUCUAUGGGAUUAAGGUCUGGAGACUGGCUAGGCCACUCCAGGACCUUAAUGUGCUUCUUCUUGAGCCACUCCUUUGUUGCCUUGGCAAUGUGAUUUGGGUCAUUGUCAUGCUGGAAUUCCCAUCCACGACCCAUUUUCAAUGCCCUGGCUGAGGGAAGGAGGUUCUCACCCAAGAUUUGACGGUACAUGGCCCCGUCCAUCGUCCCUUUGAUGUGGUGAAGUUGUCCUGUCCCCUUAGCAGACAAACAACCCUUGCGGGCGCUGCAGGAUUUCAGUCCUUCACGGCGUAGUGUGUUACCAAUUGUUUUAUUGGUGACUAUGGUCCCAGCUGCCUUGAAAUCAUUGACAAGAUCCUUCCGUGUAGUUCUGGGCUGAUUCCUCACCGUUCUCAUGAUCAUUGCAACUCCACGAGGUGAGAUCUUGCAUGGAGCCCCAGGCCGAGGGAGAUUGACAGGUAUUUUGUGUUUCUUCCAUUUGCGAAUAAUCGCACCAACUGUUGUCACCUUCUCACCAAGCUGCUUGGCGAUGGUCUUGUAGCCCAUUCCAGCCUUGUGUAGGUCUACAAUCUUGUCCCUGACAUCCUUGGAGAGCUCUUUGGUCUUGGCCAUGGUGGAGAGUUUGGAAUCUGAUUGAUUGAUUGCUUCUGUGGACAGGUGUCUUUUAUACAGGUAAAAAACUGAGAUUAGGAGCACUCCCUUUAAGAGUGUGCUCCUAAUCUCAGCUCGUUACCUGUAUAAAAGACACCUGGGAGCCAGAAAUCUUUCUGAUUGAGACGGGGUCAAAUACUUAUUUCCCUCAUUAAAAUGCAAAUCAAUUUAUAACAUUUUUGACAUGCGUUUCUCUGGAUUUUUGUUGUUGUUAUUCUGUCUCUCACUGUUCAAAUAAACCUACCAUUAAAAUUAUAGACUGAUAAUUUCUUUGUCAGUGGGCAAACGUACAAAAUCAACAGGGGAUUAAAUAAUUUUUUUCCCUCACUGUACACGGCCGUGACUAUAACCGAAGAAAAUUCUCUUGGGAGGUAAUACGGUCUGCAUUUGAUUGUGAGAUAUUCUAGGUCGGGUGAACAGAAGGACUCAAGUUCCUGUAUGUUACUACAAUUACACCACGAGUCGUUAAUCAUGAAACACACACCUCCACCCUUCUGCUUCCCGGAGAGAUAAUUAUUCCUGUCUGCGCGAUGAACUGAGAACCCAUCUGGCUGGACCGAUUCCGACAGAAUAUCCCAAGAGAGCCACGUUUCCGUGAAACAGAGGAUGUUACAGGCCUUGAUGUCUCUCUGGAAGGAAAUCCUUGCCCGUAGUUCGUCGAGCUUGUUAACCAAAGACUGAACAUUAGCGAGUAGAAUACUUGGAAGCGGGGGGUGGUGUGCGCACCUCCUAAGUCGGACCAGCAGGCCGCUCCGAGUGCCUCUCCUCCGCCGGCGAUGUUUUGGGUCAGCCGCUGGAAUCAGUUCAGUUGCCCUGGGGAGAGCAAACAAAGGAUCUGCUUCGGGAAAGUCGUAUUCCUGGUCGUAAUGCUGGUGAGUUACCGCCGCUCUGAUAUCCAAUAGCUUUUCCCGGCUGUAUGUAAUGAUGCAAAACACUUUCUGAGCUAAUAAUGUAACAAAUAAUACAUAGAAAAUACAAAAUACUGCAAAGUUUCCUAAGAGCUAGUCGUGAGGCCGCCAUCUUUGUCGGCGUCAGCCUGUUACAUUGACUCUCAACCAGUAUGGAUAAUGUCCAAUAAACAGGUGAGGCUACCUCUACCUCUAUAAAACUCUAUAAAAAAAAAGCCCUCUACUGCUCUUUAUUUAUUCUCAACCAGAGUCGUGCCAUGUUUUAGCCAGAAGAUGGCGCCAGAUACCAUGUGCUACCUCUACAGUGUAACUCCUGUGAACGCUACUGGUGAAGACAGAGAACUUUCAAGUUGAGUGUUCCCACCAGUUACCAGUAUGCACAAACUAAAAUCACUUAUAGAUGAUUUGGAGAUGAUGUACGAAAAGUGCUAACACAGGUAGCAUGACUUGCAUUGGAUUUGUGCCACAAAUGCUAAAACGUUGGCAUUUUGGAAGCCAGGAAAAACAAAAACAAAGCAUGGAUUGCUGUCAUACCUUGUCCAUAGACUGCUGACAGGUUAAGGAAUUUGGGUCAACUAUCCCUUUAAGUAUGUGUACGAUGUGCCCUUGAGCAAGGCACUUAACCCUAAUUGCUCCCUGUAAGUCGCUCUGGAUAAGAGCGUCUGCUAAAUGACAAAAAAAAAAAAAAAAAAAAAAAAGUAUGUGUAAAUAACUUGAACCGUAUAAUGGGGUGGAUAGGGGGGCUGACCUUUAACCCCUACAACCCCUACAAAGUGGUUCAGAUGGCCCAUUUGGCUGAAGGUCCCAUACUAGCUUCAUACAGUCAAUUACAUUUCAUAGAACUUUAUUUAUCACCUCAGGGGCAAUUAGAAAAUGCACGUCAGGUUACAAAUACCAGUCAAUAGCCUAAGUGUUCACUGCCUUGGAUAACAUCAGCUACACAAUGAUUACAUUAUUAUGGUCAUCACAAUGAUUACACAAUUGUGGUAAUCGCAAUAACUACAUUAUUAUGACCAUCACAGUGAUUACAUUAUUAUGGUCAUCACACUGAUUCCAUUAUUAUGGUCAUCACAGCGAUUACAAUAUUAUGGUCAUCACAGCGAUUACAAUAUUAUGGUCAUCACAGCGAUUACAUAAUUAUAGUCAUCACAAUGGGGUGAUGUUCACUGAAGGUCACGUCACUGGCUGACCUUUAACCCCUACAGUGUCGAAAUCCACACACAGAAAGACACACACACAUUCACAUCACGUGACACACACACAUAAACACCGUGACGCGGAGACACACACACACCAUUAGACUGGCACACACACACACACACACACACACAGACACACACACACACACACACACACACACACACACACACACACACACACACACACACACAAAUACACACACACACACACACACAUACAUACACACAUACACACACACACAUACACACAUACACACACACACACACAUACACACACACACACAUACACACAUACAUACACACAUACACACACACACACACACAUACACACAUACACACACACACACACACACACACACACAUACACACACACACACACACACACACACAUACACACACACACACAUACACACACACACAUACACACAUACACACAUACACACACACAAACUGAGAUGUACCGUCCGUAAUCACGUUGCCACACAGUAAUCCACUCCAGCACUGCCAUAAAUAAAACAAUGUGAUGAUAACAUCUGGGACCGCACACACACACCUCCGCACACACACACACACACACACACACAGACACACAUACACACACGCAUGCACAAAGUUACAGUCAUAGUCCCGUGUAGCUCAGCUGGUAGAGCAUGGCGCUUGCAACGCCAGGGUUGUGGGUUCGUUACCCACGGGGGGCCAGUAUGAAAAAAUGUAUGCACUCACUAACUGUAAGUCGCUCUGCAUAAGAGCGUCUGCUAAAUGACUAAAAUGUAAAAUAGUCCAGCUUCUCGACGCGAUUAUUGAUUAUUGACAAUUAAAUUAAAUCACCGUGGCUUAGUUAUGAAACAACAGGACCACUAACAGUGCUAUGACAGGGAGGACAGUGUGUUAUGACAGGGAGGACAGUGUGUUAUGACAGGGAGGACAGUGUGUUAUGACAGGGAGGACAGUGUGUUAUGACAGGGAGGACAGUGUGUUAUGACAGGGAGGACAGUGUGUUAUGACAGGGAGGACAGUGUGUUAUGACAGGGAGGACAGUGUGUUAUGACAGGGAGGACAGUGUGUUAUGACAGGGAGGACAGUGUGUUAUGACAGGAGGACAGUGUGUUAUGACAGGGAGGACCGUGUGUUUAUGACAGGGAGGACCGUGUGUUAUGACAGGGAGGACCGUGUGUUAUGACAGGGAGGACCGUGUGUUAUGACAGGGAGGACCGUGUGUUAUGACAGGGAGGACCGUGUGUUAUGACAGGGAGGACCGUGUGUUAUGACAGGGAGGACCGUGUGUUAUGACAGGGAGGACCGUGUGUUAUGACAGGGAGGACCGUGUGUUAUGACAGGGAGGACCGUGUGUUAUGACAGGGAGGACCAGUGUGUUAUGACAGGGAGGACAGUGUGUUAUGACAGGGAGGACAGUGUGUUAUGACAGGGAGGACAGUGUGUUAUGACAGGGAGGACCGUGUGUUAUGACAGGGAGGACCGUGUGUUAUGACAGGGAGGACCGUGUGUUAUGACAGGGAGGACAGUGUGUUAUGACAGGGAGGACAGUGUGUUAUGACAGGGAGGACAGUGUGUUAUGACAGGGAGGACAGUGUGUUAUGACAGGGAGGACAGUGUGUUAUGACAGGGAGGACAGUGUGUUAUGACAGGGAGGACAGUGUGUUAUGACAGGGAGGACAGUGUGUUAUGACAGGGAGGACAGUGUGUUAUGACAGGGAGAUGAUGGCGCCGGAGAAGAUGGCUGCCGUUUUACAGCCCUCUAACCAAUUGUACUAUUAUGUGUGUUUUUUUGCGUUAUUUGUAAUUUAUUCUGUACAUAAUGUUUCUGCCAUCGUCUCUUAUAACCAAAAAGAGCUUCUGGAUAUCAGGACAGCGAUUACUCACCUCGUAUUGGACGAAGAUUAUUUAUUCAACGAGGCGGCCGCGAAGGAUAUCUUACAGACACCCGACAAGGCCCAAAUCCCCGUCAUUCGCAGGAGAAAGAGAUGGAGAUAUCGUGGACGUAGGUCGGGGUGCCUCGUAAGGAUCCGACGGCGAGCGAGUAAACUGCCUCUUCCAUCAAUCCUAUUAGCCAAUCUUCAAUCAUUGGAAAAUAAAUUAGAUGACCCACGAUUACGCUUAUCCUACCAACGGGGCAUUAAAAACUGUAAUAUCUUAUGUUUCACCAAGUCGUGGCUGAACGACGACAUGGACAACAUACAGCUAGCGGGCUAUACGCUACAUCGGCAGGAUAGAACGGCUGACUCCGUUAAGACAAGGGGUGGCGGUCUGUGUAUAUUUGUAAACAACAGCUGGUGCACAAAAUCCAAUACUAAGGAAGUCUCGAGGUUUUGCUCGCCUGAGGUAGAGUAUCUCAUGAUAAGCUGUAGACCACACUAUUUACCAAGAGAGUUUUCAUCUAUAUUUUUCGUAGCUGUCUAUUUACCACCACAAACCAAUGCUGGCAUUAAGAUUGCACUCAAUGAGCUGUAUAAGGCCAUAACUAAACAGGAAAACGCUCAUCCAGAGGCAGCGCUCCUAGUGGCCGGGGACUUUAAUGUAGGGAAACUUAAAUCCGUUCUACCUAAUUUCUACCAGCAUGUUAAAUGUGCAACCAGAGGAAAAAAACUCUAGACCACCUUUACUCCACACACAGAGACACAUACAUAGCUCUCCGUCGCCCUCCAUUUGGCAAAUCUGACCAUAACUCUAUCCUCCUGAUUCCUGCUUAUAAGCAAAAACUAAAGCAGGAAGCACCAGUGACUCGGUUAAUAAAAAAGUGGUCAGAUGACGCAGAUGCUAAGCUACAGGACUGUUUUGCUAGCACAGACUGGAACAUGUUCCGGGAUUCUUCAGACAGCAUUGAGGAGUACACCACAUCAGUCACUGGCUUCAUCAAUAAGUGCAUCGAUGAUGUCGUCCCCACAGUGACUGUACGUACAUACCCCAACCAGAAGCAAUGGAUUACAGGCAACAUCAGCACUGAGCUAAAGUGUAGAGCUGCCGCUUUCAAGGAGCGGGACUCUAACCCGGACGAUUAUAAGAAAUCGCGCUAUGCCCUCCGACGAACCAUCAAACAGGCAAAGAGUCAGAUACAGGAAUAAGAUUGAAUUGUACUACACCGGCUCUGACGCUCGUCGGAUGUGGCAGGGCUUGAAAACUAUUACAGACUACAAAGGGAAGCACAGCCGCGAGCUGCCCAGUGACACAAGCCUACCAGACGAGCUAAACCACUUCUAUGCUCGCUUUGAGGCAAGCAACACUGAAGCAUGCAUGUUCUCCAUAGCCGAUGUGAGUAAUACUUUUUAGCAGGUCGGAGGGCCAGACGGAUUACCAGGACGUGUACUCCGAGCAUGUGCUGACCAACUGGCAAGUGUCUUCACCGACAUUUUCAACAUGUCGCUGACUGAGUCUGUAAUACCAACAUGUUUCAAGCAGACCACCAUAGUCCCCGUGCCCAAGGACUCUAAGAUAACCUGCCUAAAUGACUACCGACCCGUAGCACUGACGUCUGUAGCCAUGAAGUGCUUUGAAUGGCUGGUCAUGGCUCACAUCAACACCAUUAUCCCAGAAACCCUAGACCCACUCCAAUUUGCAUACCGCCCUAACAGAUCCACAGAUGAUGCAAUCUCUAUUGCACUCCACACUGCCCUUUCCCACCUGGACAAGAGGAACACCUACGUGAGAAUGCUAUUCAUUGACUACAGCUCAGCGUUCAACACCAUAGUGCCCUCAAAGCUCAUCACUAAGCUAAGGAUCCUGGGACUAAACACCUCCCUCUGCAACUGGAUCCUGGACUUCCUGACGGGCCGCCCCCAGGUCGUAAGGGUAGGUAACAACACAUCUGCCACACUGAUCCUCAACACGGGGGCCCCUCAGGGGUUCAUGCUCAGUCCCCUCCUGUACUCCCUGUUCACCCAUGACUGCAUGGCCAGGCACGACUCCAACACCAUCAUUAAGUUUGCCGACGACACAACAGUGGUAGGCCUGAUCACCGACAAAGCACGACAAAGCCUAUUCCCCAUCAGGAGACUGAAAAGAUUUGGCAUGGGUCCUCAGAUCCUCAAAAAGUUCUACAGCUGCACCAUCGAGAGCAUCCUGACUGCUUGCAUCACUGCCUGGUAUGGUAACUGCUCGGCCUCCUACCGCAAGGCACUACAGAGGGUAGUGCAAACGGCCCAGUACAUCACUGGGGCCAAGCUUCCUGCCAUCCAGGACCUCUAUACCAGGCGGUGUCAGAGGAAGGCCCUCAAAAUUGUCAAAGACUCCAGCCACCCUAGUCAUAGACUGUUCUCUCUGCUUUCGCACGGCAAGCGGUACCGGAGCGCCAAGUCUAGGUCCAAAAGGAUUCUCAACAGCUUCUACCUCCAAGCCAUAAGACUCCUGAACAGCUAAUCAUGGCUACCCUAACUAUUUGCACUGCCCCCCCCCCACCCCCACCCCAUCUUUUUACGCUGCUGCUACUCUGUUUAUUAUUUAUGCAUAGCCGGUGCCCCCGCACAUUGACUCUGCACCGGUACCCCCCUUUAUAUAGCCUCCCUACUGUUAUUUUAUUUUACUUCUGCUCUUUUUUUCUCAACACUUUUUUGUUGUUGUUGUUUUAUUUUACUUUUUUAUUAAGAAAUAAAUGCAUUGUUGGUUAAGGGCUGUAAGUAAGCAUUUCAUGGUAAUGUCUACACCUGUUGUAUUCGGCGCAUGUGGCAAAUACAAUUUGAUUUGAUUUGACAGUGUGUUAUGACAGGGAGGACAGUGUGUUAUGACAGGGAGGACAGUAUGUUAUCUAAAACAGAAUAUAUUAGGCUAUAGUUUGGUUUAUAAAACAGAGUACAUUAGGCCAGUGUUUGGGUUCUUAAACAGAGUACAUAAGGCCAGUGUUCGGGUUCUAAAACAGAGUACAUUAGGCCAGUGUUUGGGCUCUAAAACAGAGUACAUUAGGCCAGUGUUUGGGUUCUUAAACAGAGUACAUUAGGCCAGUGUUUGGGCUCUAA